AUGAGAGGCUCAAGCAGACGUCGAGGGUCUCAAAGCACUUACCAAGCAAGGAGCGUGACAAUCGACGAGAAUGGUGAAGAGAUCAUCAGGCUCAAGAAAGUCAUCCAGGUUAAGACGGGGGCUUCUCUCAAGCUCCGGGAGGAGAUGAAUGAGAAGGCGAAAGAGCUGCGACCUCAUAUGCAUGACGGCCAUCUUAAACCUGCCCCUGCUGUUCCUCAGUCUGGACUUCGCUUCCUAUGUAACAUUCAAAGCGAGAUCUUCAGAGGCAACAGUAAUGUUUUCGACCUUAACGGUGCAGUUGUCAUGGAUCGUGCAAGUGGAAAUCCAACCAGAUCUGGGAGAUCUUCUCAGUCCCUGACCUCAACAGCCGCUUCAUCAUCAAGAACGCGGGCAAAAGCUUUGUCCUCUUUCCAAGUGGACACAGAACGAGUGUCCAGUGUGAGAGGAACAAGGACGUCUCGGACCUUGAAGCCCAGUGGGAUCUCGGAGGCGCGACCGUUGAACGUCAACGACAACACGCAAGUCCGAUUCCGCAAUGCUAAGGAUGGGACGUACCUUAAUCUGUCUGGUGGGAGCACUGCUAAUCACACGGCUUUCCUGACCUACAUCGGCCAUGGUGGUGCGAACCAGGCUUUCAAGCUUUGGAAGCACUAG